GUGACAGCUUCUGAGCUUCCUAGACAGCACCCUCGCCGCAACUAUCACCAAGCGCGGCACGAUAAUUAGAGACGGGCAGACGGCAUCCCUUAAAGCCGCAGCAGACAGCCACUUGACACCCAUGCAAACAGGACGGACCCUUAGCACCGGCAUAAAGAGACCACCCCUUCGGCACCCCUAGAUAGCCAAUAGAUGCGCCAAUAGAUGCGCCAGCAAGCAAACAAAAGACAAACACACACGCAUGCGGACAGCCAUAGCCGUCGCUAACUCCGUUGCCGCUCGCUCCGUCGGUCCGGCGCGCGACCCUGAGGAGAUAGAAGCAACACGACGGGACACCGGAGGGCCGCAAGGGCAUGGUGUGCGCCUCCGUCUUAUCACGCGAGCAGCAGUGGUGCCGCGUGUACUUUGCACGGGCGGCGCGUGGCGUGGUGGUUGGCGCGCGGCGCGAGUGGGAGCUGGCAGUUGCGCGGGGGCGCGUGUGGGAAGCUGCUGUGGAGUAUGGCGGAGCUCUGCGGGCUAUGGCGGUUGGCGCGCAGCGCGAGUGGGAGUGCGUAGUUGGACAGUGAGGCGUGUGGGAAGCUGCAACAGGGUACGGGGGGGCUUGGCGGAGGCUGGUGGUUGGCGCGCAGCGUGAGUGGGACUGCAUAGUCGUGCGCGUGCCGUGUGGGAAGCUGCGUGUGUGAGCUGCGUGUAAACUCAGAGAGAC